CGGCGCUGGGGAAUAGGAAGCAGUUCCUGGUUUGGAUCCGAGAGAGCGCACGUAGCAGUAGGAACAGCAGAGCCGCCGCUGAAGCUGGAGCAGCAGCAGGCACCCCAGCUCCGCUCGCUUAGCAGCAUCCAGCGUGGGGAUCAGCGCUCUGCCUGGCUCCCGGACACGGGAUGGACGUUCCUGAGCACUGAGCUCAGCGGCUGUAAAAAGCAAGUAGGAAAAUAUACAUCUGGAUAAAAUUGAACAUGAUCAGAAGAUAGCACCAUACACCAUGAUCAUGGCCCCGCGGAAGAGGAAUCGUCAUGCACUGGGGUUUCUUUGUUGUUUUGGAGGUAGCGACCUCCCUGAAAUCAAUCUCAAGGACAAUAAUCCUCUCCAGUUCCUUGAGUUUUCUGUCCCAAUCCCAUCAGCAGAAGAGCUCAAUGCCAGAUUCACUGAACUUGUGGAUGAAUUGGAUCUUACGGACAAGAACAGAGAGGCUAUGUUUGCACUCCCUCCAGAGAAGAAAUGGCAGAUUUAUUGCAGCAAAAAGAAGGAAAAAGAUUCUCCACAGUAGCAAAAUAGGAUAUGAAAAUUCAGAGGAAAAUUUACAUGAACCAUAGCGUGUAACAGCCAAUAUGCAGAAAAUAAAAGAAUA